CCCCAAGAGCAACGUAUCACCUUCAUUUAUUUACAUUUAAUCACUUUGUUUAUGAAACAGUGAAUCGCUGCCCUCUGUUGACCGCUCCAGCCCACGGAAGCGUAGCGCCCUGUGCUAAUUUGCCAGGACACUCCUGUCAUUUUUCCUGUGAUAGUGUGUACAGCAUGACUGGGUCAGCAACACGGACAUGUAACAGCAACGGUGUAUGGACUGGAACGCAGCCUCAGUGUAAUGCUGUCACCUGUGCUCCUUUGAGCAUUCCUUUUAAAGCCGUAUUACUGACCAUUUCCUGUGGCACUACGAUUGGAUCCAACUGUGUAUUUGGCUGUCAAAGUGGCUAUGGUAGCAGCCAAGGAAAUGUGACCAGAACGUGUUUGCAGACUGGGCAAUGGAGUGGAAAUGCUAUCAGCUGUACAGAUGUUAGUCCUCCGACAUUCGUUGUCACCUGUCCAGCAAGUCCGUUGCAGGUGUAUGCAGAACGUGGCCUGUUUUCAGCCCAAGUGAGCUGGAGCGAGCCCGUUGCCACUGACAAUUCAGGAGUCCCACCUACCGUGACGUCGAAUCACCAACCACCUCAAAGAUUCAGCCAGGGAACUCACGUGGUCAUGUACACUGCAGAGGACCAAUCAGCAAACAAGGCUUCUUGUAGCUUUACGAUUGAAGUGAUGGUUAUCAAUUGUACAUCGCUGAUAAAUCCAGGAGGUCCCCUGCUAAUGAGCAGCUGCGGCAUUCACUUUGGAGCAAAAUGUAACUUUUCUUGUACGAUUGGUUAUCGUUUGAAUGGCUCAUCCACGGUCACAUGUGUUGCCCCUGGUAACGGACCUCCGGGAUCAUGGGACAGUCCUUUACCUAGUUGUCAAGCUAUCACGUGCUCAGCCCUACCAGCCCCCUCCUAUGGCAUCCGCCAGAAUUGCUCAGGAACAACAUUAGAGUAUUACAACACUGUCUGUCUGUUUUCCUGUAACGUUGGCUUCAAUGGGUAUGGCUCUUCGUCAAGACAAUGCCAAGAAGAUGGAACUUGGAGUGGCCAAGAUUUUUUAUGUAUAGCUCACAGCUGCGGCCCUGUAAACAUUCCUCCAGGGGCGAUUCUGCUUACCCUUUCCUGUGGCAAUACCUAUGGAUCAAGCUGUGUAUUGGGAUGCCGAAGUGGAUAUGCCAGCCUAGCUGGAAAUGUUAGCACAACGUGUUUGCAGUCUGGCCAAUGGAGUGGGAACCCAAUCAAUUGUACAGACGUUCUACCUCCGAUAUUCGACGCGACAUGUCCAUCAAGUCCGUUAGUAGUGUAUGCAGAACGCGGUCUGUUUUCAGCAGAAGUGAACUGGACUGAGCCAGCUGCUACUGACAACUCAGGAGUUCUGCUUAGCAUGUCAUCAAAUCACAAACCGUUUGAAAGAUUCAGCCAGGGAACUCACAUAAUCACAUACACUACCGCUGACCAAUCAGGAAACAAGGCCACUUGCACCUUCACCAUUGAUGUUAGAGUGAUCAAUUGCACCUCUUUGACAGUUGAUCCAGGACUUCCACUGCGCAUGAGCAGCUGUGACAAUCAUUUUGGAGCAACAUGUAACUUUUCUUGUACGAUUGGUUAUCGUUUGAAUGGAUCAUCAACAGUGACUUGUGUUGCCCCGAGUAACAAACCUCCAGGAUACUGGGACAAUCCUUUGCCUAGCUGCGAAGCUAUAAGAUGCCUGUCACUUCCAGUUCCAACAAAUGGAGUCAAGACUGGCUGUAGCGACAUCACAUCGGAACCUUAUGAUACACAUUGCAGCUUUUCAUGUAAUGUUGGCUACAAUCUGACUGGCUCACCAGUAAGGCGAUGCCUGGAAAACGGGUCUUGGAGUGGACAAACGUCAUAUUGCCAAGUUGUAAGAUGUCCAACUCUUCCAGGUCCAACAAACGGAGUUAAGACCAGCUGCACUGACUUGGUAUCGGAACCUUACAAUACUCAAUGUAAUUUUUCUUGUGAUGAUGGCUACUACUUAAAUGGUUCGUCGGUUAGGCAAUGCCAGGAAAGCGGGACUUGGAGUGGAGAAUCGCCUAUUUGUCAAGACAUUCUUCCUCCGACGUUCAAUGCAACAUGUCCAUCAGGUCCGUUAGUAGUGUAUGCAGAACGAGGUCUGUUCUCAGCAGAGGUUAACUGGACCGAGCCAGCUGCUACUGACAACUCAGGAGUUCUGCUUAGCAUGUCAUCAAAUCACAAACCGUUUGAAAGAUUCAGCCAAGGAACUCACAUAAUCACAUACACUACAGCUGACCAAUCAGGAAACAAGGCCACUUGCACCUUCACCAUUGAUGUUAGAGUGAUCAAUUGCACCUCGUUGACCGUAGAUCCAGGACUUCCGCUGCGCAUGAGCAGCUGUAACAACCAUUUUGGAGCAACAUGUAACUUUUCUUGUACGAUUGGUUAUCGUUUGAAUGGAUCCUCAACGGUGACUUGUGUUGCCCCCGGUAACAAACCUCCAGGGUACUGGGACAAUCCUUUGCCUAGCUGCGAAGCUAUAAGAUGCCUGUCACUUCCAGUUCCAACAAAUGGUGUCAAGGCCGGCUGUAGCGACAUCACAUCGGAACCUUAUGAUACAUAUUGCAGUUUUUCAUGUAAUGUUGGCUACAAUCUGACUGGCUCACCAAUAAGGCGAUGCCUGGAAAACGGGUCUUGGAGUGGACAAACGUCAUAUUGCCAAAUUGUAAGAUGCCCAACUCUUCAAGGUCCAGCAAAUGGAGUUAAGACCGGCUGUACCGACUUGGUAUCGGAACCUUACCAUACUCAAUGUAAUUUUUCUUGCAAUAAAGGCUUCUACUUAAUUGGAUCGUCGGUCAGGCAAUGCCGGGAAAACGGAACUUGGAAUGGAGAAUCACCUUUUUGUCAAGCCACUUUAUGCAGUCCACCAUGUUUGUUGGCAUCAAACACUUCGGAUAUUUUAGCCAUCGACUACAAAACUGGAGCAGCUCGUUCCAUAAUUUCGGGUUUAACACGAGCUGUUGCCAUAGAUGUCCAUUUCAGUUUGGGUUACAUAUUCUGGAGUGAUGUAACAGAACAAAAUAUCAAACGUUUCCGCAUUGACGUCGCAAGCACGACUACAAUUAUCACUGGUAUUGGAGUUUGUGAUGGAUUGGCGGUGGAUUGGAGAGCAUUAGAGCUGUAUUGGACUGAUACGACGCAUGAUACCAUAUCAGUAUCAGACCUAGAUGGUAAUAACCAACGUAGGUUAAUUUCAUUCAGCCUUGAUGAGCCCAGAGCAAUAAACCUGGAUCUGGAUAGCGGCUUAAUGAUCUGGACGGACUGGGGAGUUAAUCCCAAAAUCGAACGAGCUUCGCUUAGCGGUAGCCAAAGACUCGCCAUCGUAACAACCAAUCUUCAUUGGCCCAAUGGUAUUGAGCUUGACAGAGGAAAUAAACGAAUAUUUUGGGUGGAUGCAGGACAUGACAGGGUGGAAUCCGUCGACUACAAUGGCAACGACAGAAAGCUUCUUUACCAGCAACAGUACUUACAUCCGUUUGACGUUGCGCUAAUUCCUCCUUUCCUGUUUUUUACUGACUGGGUUGCACAAAAAGAGGUUCAUCAGUUGGACGCUGCCACUGGACACGUGCUACGAAGUUUCGGUAUCAAUGGCGGACAGCCUAUGGGUAUUGUACCAUACGACAGCUCCCGUCAACCUUUAGCUUCAAACCCUUGCACUGUAAACAAUGGAGAAUGCAGUCAUUUCUGUAUAGCAAAAUCCUCUGGUAGCCAAUGUUCUUGUCCAACUGGUUUGACUGUGAAGCAAGAUGGCAAGACAUGCGAAGACAAGGUGAACAAGUUUCUUCUCUUUGCUGAUGCCGCCGACCAAUCCACUAAGAAAAUUUCCUUGGACGUCAGCUAUUUCGUUGCACAAACGUUGUUUAUCCACCUUGGAAAUCAGCAUCCUAUUGCAUUGGACUAUGACCCUCUCGAAGAUCGGGUGUACUGGUCGGACGUUGCGCAAGGUCGUAUCAUCAGCGCUUUUUCUAACGCAACUUCAGUGAAGAUGUUGUUUCGCUGUAAUGUACAAACUCCAGACGGCUUAGCCAUCGACCAUGUGGGACGAAACAUUUAUUGGACUGAUACAGGGACCAAUAGGAUUGAAGUGGCUCGGCUUGACGGAACAAGCAGGAAACUGUUGAUCAAAGAUGGACUUGAUGAGCCGAGGGCGAUCUUGCUUGAUGAGAGAAAUGGCAUGAUGUAUUGGACAGACUGGGGCGCCAAUCCGAAGAUCGAACAAGCUGGGAUGGAUGGCUCAGCGAGGCGAACCAUUGUAACAGGAAGCCUUGUCUGGCCAAAUGGACUCACUAUCCACCAAGCGACAAAUCGCGUGUUUUGGGCUGACGCUAAACUUGACAAAAUCGAGGUAUCAGACCUCGAUGGAGGAAACAGACAGUUAAUCAUGUCAACUGCAGCUAAUAUUCAUCCCUAUGGACUAGCGGUGUAUCAGGACAUGCUUUACUGGACUGAUUGGAAUACCAAGAGCGUUUCACGUUUCAACUUAAGCAGUGGAAACCAGGAAAUCGUAAUCAAUGGCCUUCAAAAACCUAUGGAUAUUCACGUAUUUGAUCCAGCCUUGAUAUUUUCAGGUUCCCAUGCUUGCGCUCAAAACAAUGGCCUUUGCAGUGAUUUGUGUCUUCUAAAUCCAGGAGGAUAUCAGUGCGCAUGUCCAACAGGCAUUCAACUCAAGUCCGAUGGAAAAAGCUGUAAUUAUGAACUGUUUCACAAGAUAACUUCCAAUAAAUUUAUCAUCUUUGCUGAAGCGGAUGCGGAAGAAAUUUACAAAGUUCCUCUUCAAAUACCAGAAGCCCCUUGCUAUCCGCUUGGAAUUAAUACAAACAUAUCAAGGCCUGUGGCUGUUGAUUACGAUCCGGUCGAAGGAAAGGUUUAUUGGACAGAUGUGACGUUAAAACUGGUGGCCAGUUCAUUUCCUAACGGGUCUUCAGUCAAAGUCAUCGCGCACACUAAUGUUACUACUCCUGGAGGACUGGCAGUAGAUUAUGUUGGACGUAAUAUUUACUGGACAGAUGAGGGAACAAGUAGAAUUGAGGUGGCAAAGUUAGAUGGGUCGUCUAGAAGGGGUCUAAUCACAUCAAGCAUUGAACAGCCAAGAGCUAUACUACUCGACAUUGCAGAAAGAAAGAUGUAUUGGGGCAGUCGGGGAUCAUCGUCAAGGAUUGAACAAGCCAACAUGGACGGUUCUAACAGGACAACUCUUGUUAGUUCCGGACUUGUGUGGGUAAACUCGCUCGCUAUGGAUUACCAAGGUAGGAUGCUGUACUGGUGCGAUGCGAACCUCGAUAGGAUUGAGAGGGUGGACCUACAAGGAAAUAACCGAGCACUGAUGCUGGAUUUAUCGUUGGAUAAGCACCCUUUUGGACUCGCCCUAUAUAAUGACGUUCUGUACUGGUCUGAUUGGAACAGCCAAAGCAUUCACAAAUACAACAUGACAUCUUCUGUAACAGAAGUCGUUUCUCGUGGAAUGGGAACCCUAAUGGAGCUGCACAUUUAUGAUAGCACGGAGACUUUUAACGGAUCCACCAACUGCUCUCAGUUAAAUGGAGGAUGCAGCCACCUUUGUCUACCAAAUCCACAAGGCCAUCAAUGCUCUUGUCCAGAAGGAGUACAGUUGAAUCCUGCUGACCCCUUUAUUUGUCAAGGAGUGAACCGCUGCCCCCAGCUGUCAGCGCCCACCCAAGGACAUUUAGAGACAUGCUCCGAUUUGCCAGGGGAAAUCUGUCGGUUCUCUUGUGAUAUGGGGUACGUCCUGACUGGAUCAGUAACAAGGACAUGUAACAGCAAUGGAACAUGGACUGGAACACAGCCUCAGUGUAAUGCUGUCACGUGUCCAGCUUUUGCAUUCCUAACUAAUGGCAUCAAAAGUACCUGUACAGGCAUAACAAUAGAGUAUUUCGACAAAGUUUGUCAGUUUUCUUGUUAUUCCGGAUACACCGGAAUGGGCUCGUCAUCAAGACGGUGUCUAGAAAACGGCACCUGGAGUGGCCAAGAUUUCAAUUGCACAGCUAUCACCUGUCCGCCCUUGAGCAUCCCUGCAAGAGCAGUUCUGCUGACUGUUUCCUGUGGUAAUACCUAUGGAUCAAAUUGUGUAUUUGGCUGUCAAAGUGAAUAUGGCAGUGCUGACGGAAAUGUCACCAGAACGUGUUUGCACACCGGGCAAUGGAGUGGAAAUUCCAUCAACUGUACAGACGUUCUUCCUCCAACAUUCGGUGUUACGUGUCCAACGAGCCCGUUGCUGGUGUAUGCAGAGCGUGAUAUGUUUUCAGCCCAAGUAAACUGGACUGAGCCUGUUGCUACGGACAACUUAGGAGCCACGCCUUCACUUACGUCAAAUUACAAACCACCACAAAGAUUCAGUCAGGGAACGCACGUGAUCUCCUACACUGCUGUGGACCAUUCAGGAAACAGAGCUACCUGUACCUUUGCUAUAAAAGUAUUAGUUAUUAGCUGUACGUCACUGACAGUUAAUUCAGGAAGUGCAUUGAGGAUGAGCAACUGCGGUAAUCAUUUUGGAGCUCAGUGUAACUUUACGUGUGCCAUUGGUCAUCGUUUGAAUGGCUCGUUAACGGUCGCGUGUGUUGCCCCUGGUAACAGACCUCCAGGAGCUUGGGAUAAUCCUUUACCUAGCUGUCAAGAAAUUAGAUGUCUGUCGCUUCCUAUUCCGACAAAUGGAGUUAAAACCGGCUGUACAAACAUUACAUCGGAACCUUAUGAUACACAUUGUAGUUUUUCAUGUAAUGUUGGCUACAAUAUGGUUGGUUCGUCAGUAAGGCGUUGCCUGGAAAAUGGGACUUGGAGUGGAGAAACAUCUUAUUGCCAAGUUAUCACCUGUGACCCGCUCGUCCCUCCAACUGAUGAUGUUGUACAUGUAUCUCCAUCCUCGUGUCUAUCGAGCAGUCCGUAUGGCCAGACAUGCACAUUCACUUGUCAAAGGCCUGGAUAUGUCCUUGAAGGAACAUCUGCACGAGUAUGUGGUAAUAAAGGGCAGUGGACUGGGUCGAACAAUACAAACUGUACAGAUAACACUCCACCUUCCUUCAAUAACACAUGUCCUAGCAAUAUGGUGUUCUAUGCUACGGAAUGUUCAUCCAGGGCUUUACUUACAUGGAUUGAACCAAUUGCGAAUGACAACUCUGGUCACGUGUCUAUCAGCUACCCGGGCGUUCGUCCCCCUGUCAACCUCAGUAUCGGUCUGUACAAUGUACUGUAUUCCGCAAUAGACAACAGUGGAAACCGAGCUAACUGUACUUUUAUCGUACAAGUAGCAAGAAAAUCAUGCCCAGUCCUCCAGCCACCAGUCUAUGGAUCCAUAACCUCUCUUUCAUGCGGAUCUUCAUUUGGUUCCCAAGCCUCCCUUGCUUGUAACACAGGAUACCGAAUGGCUGGAUCUCCUUUGCGCUCAUGUGGAGCAGACGGAACAUGGUCAGGCAACGUGACCACAUGCAACAUCGUUAAGUGCCCAAGCAUUGCAACACCAUCUCAUGGAAUGGUUUAUCCAAGUACUUGCCAGAUACCUUCAGGUGUAAAUUAUAAAACCGAGUGCUUCUUCAUAUGCAAUGUUACGGUCGGUUAUCAACUCGAGGGCGCACCAAAAGUAUCCUGCCUUGAAAGUGGAACAUGGAGCGAGGAUACCAACAAGACAAUCUGCAGAGAUAUCCAAGCUCCUAGCAUCACAUGUCCACCUGAUAUGGACAAUAUUCCAACAGAGCCUGGCCAAUCAUAUGCAAAUGUAAAGUGGCAGUUACCAGUCCACACCGACAACUCUAACGAGUCCCUGACGCUCCAUGGUUUACGGCCUCCGCAAAAGCUAGUUGUUGGUAAAAAGCACAUUACAUACAAAGCCACCGACUCGUCUGGUCUGAGUAGAAGCUGUAUAUUUCUUAUUCAUGUCAAAGAUCUUGAGCCGCCGAAGAUUGCAAACUGUCCUGAUGGCAUUUACAAGACGACUGAAGAAAAAUGGACGAAGAUCUUUUUUCCUGGAGUCAUUGCCACAGAUAAUGUUGGCGUUCACUUAUAUACAACAAGCAGAGAAAAUGGAAGCAAGUUCACAUGGGGAGAGCAUAACGUGACUUACACUGCAUCAGACAUAGCAGGAAAUACUGCCACUUGUCAUUUCCAAGUAAUCAUUGUGGCGAAACCAUGUGACGAUUUACGAACACCGCAGAAUGGAGCCAAGACGUGUGACAAGUGGCUAGACGCCGGGAAGUUUUGCACCCUGCAAUGCAAUGUGGGAUAUGAUUUUGCUCUCAAACCACCUGAGUUCUAUUUCUGUGGUGCUUCAGGGAACUGGAAUCCUGGAGACAAAGUGCCAGACUGCUCUAAAACACGCCAAGCAGAAACUUUGCUUGCUUUAGCGUAUCAUUAUCUAGCUGACCAGUGUACGGAAGAGAUGCACGCCAGUAUCGCCAGUAACUUCAUCGCGCUUUAUACGCUGUACUUGGGUACUGUUGGAGGUUGUGAUGGAAAUAAGGAAUGCACGAUUGACAACGUAAAUGUGGAAUGCGGAGAGCAGAGUGGAACUCUUCGCAGAAGGGACAUAGCUGAUAGCGAACAGGCUUCUAAAGUUCCUCUUACUGUGACAUUUGCUGUAAAAGUCCCACUGCCCAGCAAUACCUCCGUGGUUGAUUUGAACCAGACAACUCAACAGAUAUCAAGUACCAUUCUAGCAUCUCUGAAUGAAACAGACCUGUCUUUGAACAUUAGUGGAGUUGUGUUGGAAUAUGACCCAUCAAAACCACCGGCGGUACGAGUAGUUGGUCUUGUCUGUGACAAAGGACAAGUUCUUAAAGGAACUAAAUGUGUCAAUUGUCCCCUUGGGUACUUCUUCAACACUACUGGUUGCCAAGCAUGCACAGAAGACCACUACCAGGAUCAAGAAGCCCAAAACGAAUGUGUCACGUGUCCAUCCGGGACAUCUACUUUUGGACAAAAGGGAUCAAAAGGAAGCAAAGACUGUCAAGGCAUUUCCAUCUCGUCCGGGACUGAAAAACAAGGCAUGCCCGCGAAGAUUUUUUACCCAGUCAUAGUUUUGGGAUCUGGCCUAGUUAUUGCAGUAGUUUUUGUCGCCAUCUUCUGUCUGCGGAAACGCCGUCUGUAAGUUCUUUAGUACACGAUAGGAUAAUUAACAACCCGAGGGUGACACUUAAUAGUUAAAAACUAAUGAACUUGUGGCCCUCUAUAAACAUUGUUAUAAUUUAAAAACCCUAUUAUUAAAAAUAAAUUAAAAUCGAGAAACAAAAAAUUGAUUUGAAUUGUCUAUCAUGUUGGAAAGUUUGAGCUCCAUCGGAUUAAAGACAGAAAAGUAGUUCCCUAAUGACUACUUUUGGCGACAGCUAACCCGGCGUGAAUGUUCAAAAGAUACGUGGAACCACAUGGAAGCUGGAUGGUUACUCAGUACAUGGCUUUAACGGACCCUUUAUGGCGUCAUUUUCAAUGUGGUCCAUGAAAACUUGUGAUAGAUUAGCAAACGUAAGGACUAUCGAGAUUGUCCCGUUAAACUAUGACAGAAUUUCUGUUAAAGUCCUAGCCCUUACAUGAAUGUUUAAAUACUCUAGUGGGGCGUUUUCACAUGACGUGACGGCAGCCAUGUUGGUGUUCCAAAACAAUGAAGCGGCGGCCAUGUUAGUGCACCAAACCAAUUCAGUGGAAGUAGAACUCUUUUCUUAUGCAAACUCUUUCUUUUGUUCCAAUAAAUUUGCGUACAUAUGUGAUGGCCACGCUCUAUAUACGGAUGGCUAAUUUACAUUAUGAUUUCUGUGAGAUUAUUCAAUAUUAUUGCAUAAUUAACAAUUAGACCCGUAGCCCUUGCGGGCUACGGGUCAAUAACCCAUGAGGCGAAGCCGAAUGGGCUAUUGUAAACUUUAUCACUCAUAAUGUUCCUAUAACUUAGGCAUCUUAUCAUGGUCAUUAUCCAAACAUUCAACUUAGUAAACUAGACCAACACUUUCUAUUUAACUCAUUCCAUUCAAGAAAGCCGUGAGUUUUCGUUUGAAAGCAGACAAAAAGUACUUUCUGAAAAAAAAGAAAGGUUUCCUUCAUGGGAACAAAUAUUUCUGUUACAAAUUUUGACUCAGUACAACUAAAGAAAAACAGGUUAAAAAUUAUAGAGAAACAAAAUAUUAUGUCAAACCACUCUGCUGUUUGAAUUUGAUGAUGAAACAAACCAUUUUUCUUGUUAUAAGAACAAACUUAUCUCGAAAGCAGAACAGCAGUUGAGAAAAUCAUCUGGUACUUUCUGUCACGAUUUUUCCCUGAGACCGGUAGGAGGAGAAGCACACGGCAAAGAAAAGGCUUUUCUCUGCAAUUUCUCUCUUUCCCUACCCUCUUGCUAGGAAAGGCCUGAUACUCAGGUUAUUAACAGGAGUAUCGCGUACUGUCACUGCUCUAAUCUUUUAAUGCAAAUUAGAGUCAAGUCCUUUGUCCUCAGCGAAAACGCUGCAAAACAUUUACAUUUACCUUUGGAUUCCUGCCAAGUCAGCCAGCCGUGACAUGAGCUCUACGACACGUAAGAUUACUCAACACAAAUGAGCGAUCUGAAUAAACGGCAUGCCAAAGGUAGAACUGGCGAUCGGAAGUGCUUUACGGUCACAACUGAACACGAGCGAAGUGACACUCGCCUCGAAUAUCGAGAUUUACCGGUGCUUCAGAAUUACUUACGAUACCUUCUGAGUUGUUUUUAUCCCAAAAUCCAUCUCCAGGAUCUUUGAAAUCGUUUUCAAUUUGUUUUAUAUCAGAAUCUCCGCCAUUUCGAAGAGAAUUUACUUGAUCGCGGUGUGUUUAUUCAACCCCAGCAAACUUUCGGCAAUCCUACGAGUACUUUUCGGCAAUUCUUUGCGAGCCGUGUUCUCAAAAAUCGAGAUUUAUUUCUGCUACGGUGAAAUUUUCCUCCCUAUACACGGGGACUUCUAAGGUGCCUCCUCGUGCGUGGGCAAAAGUGAAGUUUACGAUAAAAAUACAAUUUUAAUGUUGCGGACUUAUUUUUACCUAAGCAGUUAUCCUUAUCCUUUUUUUACUCGCCAAAGAUCAAUGCUUG